AUGCCGGCAGCCACAUCCGGUCUUGCCGCUGAUCCUCAAUCCGGCGCGGCUUCAGUGGAGAAGCCUGGCGACGACUACAACGGCAACGUGGUGCUCAUCAAGGCCGACGACGCCUUCGAGGCCAGCCUUUCGCCGACGCAUUCCCAGAUGGGCGCGCGCGACAAGUUGAUGCUCAAACGGUUGAAGGACGGCGUGACCUCGGGCGCAUCGCACUACAAGCCCGCCCUGGCGAAAAAGGUCGAGGAGAGCAUCUGCGCGCACCACCCGAAGGUGCAGCAGUUCAGGCCGCGUCCCCUGCGCGGCGGCGCGGCGAGCCUGAAGAACGAGAUCUUCGGCUUCCAGCACUGGUCCAUCAACGAGUCCCAAUUGUUCCUUGGGCCCAGCUCGUUUGGCGUUGGCGAGUGCCGCAUGCUGUGCGAGGGUGCCCUCAUUGUCGCAGGAGUGCUGACCUCGGAGUUGCCUGGCAACAGCCUGCGCGAGAAGAUUCAGACGGCCUUGGCGCCCGCGGGCAGCGAGACUUUUGUCAACCUCGUUAAGGACCCUGCCAAAGGCUUCCUUUGCGUGAUGGAUGAUCCCCUCUGCGUCCUGUGCGCCCCAAACAAGUACAUCGUUGCGACGGCUCCUUGUUUCGACCCGAAUGAUCCGACCAUGGGAGCUCGUGGCAUCCGCUGGGGCCUGAUGCCAAACACUCCAGAAUGCAUCAACCAGACGAAGGCCAACCUGGAGGGGCUGUGCGAGACCUACGCGGCGCUGGCGGAUAACCAUGACUUCGCUGCCUUUUCUGGAGUUCGUGGACGGCUUCCUCGUGCCGGGCGUCCAGGGGGCGCAGGGCCAGCAGCCGGCCCUCGCCAAUGGUCCCGGGGCUGCGGAACCAAAUGA